GCAAAAUAUGGGCUGCUGUGGACAUUCGCGGGAUACAGGUUCGAAAACAAUACGUACCAUUGGCCCUGUACGAAAUAGAACAUGUACAGAUAUUCCGUGUUGUAUAUUGUUCUCAAUAUUCAUCGUUGGUUUCCUUAUCGUUACUUUGUGGAGUUUUGCCAUGGGAGACUUUAAACGUGUCGUACAUCCAACUAAUUCACAAGGACAAGUUUGUGGUCGUGAUGUUCCUGGAAAACCAUAUCUGUUCUUCUUUGAUUUGCAAAGUUGUCUCAGACUGGGGCCAGCUUUAGUUGUUACAGGGUGCCCGACGCCUCAGGUCUGUGUAGCAUCGUGUCCAAAAUAUUACUGGUCUUGGAAAGGUCCCUUUGAUCAAAAACUUCAAUAUGUUAGGAGUUUAAUGAUAUGUGUAGGAGGUGUAGAUGCGAAUGAUCCUAAAUUUGCCAACCAGAGUAUUGAUCAAUUAGUACAAGACAAACAAUGUGCCCCAUAUGUAUAUCAUUCUAGAUCAAUGCUUGGUCGGUGCAUCCCAAGUCAAGUAUCUCGGUUAAUGGGAAAUGGAACUGGUCAAGUUCGUGAUGAAACUGGUAAACCUAUACUUUUAAUGGAUGCCAAAAAUCAAGAGGUGAAUGGUAUGGAAGUAGUGAAAAGUCGAAAAUUGGUGUUGGAAUUUACUACAUUCUUUGAAAAAGUUGUUGCUGAUCUAAGCCAAACCUGGCAUGUUAUAUUAGUAUGUAUUUCAGUAUCUGUGGUGUUAUCAUUCUGUUGGAUCGUUUUAUUACGAUGUUGUGCAUCAGUUAUGGUUUGGACUUCAUUAAUUCUGUUUGUCGCCCUGUUUUCUUUCGGCACUGGGUUUUGUUUUUACAGAUGGAGUGUAUUACGUAAAACAACUGAGGGUUCUAAUGACCUUGAAUUCUCUUUGGAUAUUGCUUCGUAUUUCCGUUUAGCAUCGACAUGGCUUGCAUUAGGAAUUAUUUUUGCUAUUCUACUGGUGAUCAUACUUCUAAUAUUAAUAUUUUUACGCAAGCGUAUUCGUGUGGCUAUCGCAAUAUUAAACGAAACAAGCAAAGCAGUUUCAACUAUGACAUCUGUAUUGUUUUGGCCAAUACUACCGUUCAUUCUUGAAUUGAUUGUUAUUGCUCAAGUUUUAUUUGUGGCUAUUUCAUUGCGAACAAUAUCUGAUCCUGUUGGGACUAAAAUUAUGAAUGAUGAUCCUACCGUAACUCCGGGAUUUGCAGAUAAGGCUAGAAAUGAUAUAAGAGAAAUUUUUCAACUUAUCCCAUGUGAUCCUUUACAAAACAAUUCAGCUGGCAAAGCUUGUCGUUUUCUGUAUUAUGGAGACCGGAAAUAUACCAUCUACCUACAAUUUUUCAAUUUGUUCAUGUUUUUUUGGUUAAUCAAUUUUGUCAAAUCCUUAACACAAAUGACUUUAGCAGGAACAUUUGCUGAAUACUACUUUUCGUCUCAUAAUCAAAAAUCUUCAUCAAAAUGUCCAUUAAUAACAAGUCUAUUUCGAUCAACCUUUUAUCAUACUGGUUCAUUAGCAUUUGGAUCGUUUCUAAUUGCUUUAUUACAAUGGCUACGUGUUACACUUGAAUAUAUCAAUGCAAAAUUGAAGAAAGCUAAUAAUCCUGUUACAAAUUUUCUCUUGAAAUGUUUAAGUUGUUGUUUUUGGCUACUUGAGAAAUUUCUAAGAUUUCUUAAUAGAAAUGCUUUUAUUAUGAUUGCUAUCUAUGGUCAAAGUUUUUGUUCAGCGUCUCGUUCAGCAUUGUCUUUACUUGCGCGCAAUGUAGUUAGACUAUUUGUGGUCGAUAAAGUGACUGAUUUUAUUUUAUUUAUUGGAAAACUUGUUGUUGUCAGUAUUGUUGGUGGUAUGGCUUAUGUCUAUUUGGAAGGUAUAUUGUUCAAAGGGAAUGACUUUCUAAGUGACGCGUUUACUUCUAAUCUUCAUUAUGCAUUCGUGCCAUUGGGUAUUAUCAUACUUGCAUCCUACCUUGUGGCGUCAUUAUUCUCAAGUGUUUUCGAAAUGGGUGUCGAUACAAUAUUUCUUUGCUUUUUGGAAGAUUUAGAAAAGAAUGACGGAUCUGCUGAAAGACCAUAUUAUAUGAGUAAAAAUCUUAUGAAUAUUUUAGGAAAACGAAAUGCUCAAUUACCACAAGUUAAACAAGCUAUUUAAUAUUAUUUUUGUCCAAUGUGCCUUCAUUACACGUCAUAGUUUCUUUUUUUUGUUUUGUUUUGUUUUUAAUUUUGCACAAAAUAUUUGUUAAAAAAAAUCACAAAUAGAAAUACAAUCAAUCCUAUUUCAUUUGCAUUUUCUUUUCCCGCCAAACAUUAAUGACUUGCUUUAUCACAAUCUCUUACGUAAUAUUCACUCACCGCUUUAUUUGUUUAGGUACGAUAAUUUAUCAGAAAUAAUCUUUUGUUCCCUUCUUGGUUUUUCUUCCCAGGAACUCACAUUAUUAUUAUUAUUAUAUUAUUUUGCUUAAAAUUUGUUAGCAAGUUUUUUUUCGCGUUUUUUUAAUCUAAAAAUAAACGUUUGUUUUACUGAUCUGUUAUGUUUUAUAAUACUGAUUGAUUUGAAUAGUUAGGGAUCAUUGUUAUCCAAAUAGUGGAUGAUCUUUUCAAUUUUACAAAACAAAACAGUGUUGACUAUUCGGAGUGUUCUUUGUUUUUUAAAACACCUUUAAUAAUAUACAUUCUUUUAUUUCAUAGAAAGAAGAUAGCGUUUAUAAGAUUGUGGUUGUAAUGUAGCAUUGAAUAAACUGAUAAUGAUUGUGUUGUAAUCUGUCAAAGAAGUUUCUAGAAUUGGGCUCACAUUAAUUCGUGUAACCCAGACGUAAUAACUAAUUUCUCAUGAACGUUGGUAGACUAAGUAAAUUCAAUUGAUAUGAAUUGGUCACAUUUUUAAUGAAAUCACUUAUCGGAAAUAAUAUAGAAAUAUAAUCAUGACUUAUUAUUUAAAGAGAAAAUUACUGUCUGCUAUUAAACAAAACAGAAGUGGUAUAUCAUUUUCGGAACUACAAAUCUUUAAGUUCUCAGUCAAAUUUAAUACAUUCAUGUUUUCAUUAUGUUUGACACACUGAUUAUCGUGACAAUCCAAAAUAGUCAUACAACCUUUGUGAAGACUAUCUCAUCAUUAUUAUUUGAUAUUACAUAAACGUUAUUAUGUAAAUAUAUGAUUGCAUUUUAU